UUGAUAAGUCCCCAGCUAAGUUGCUUGAAUGCAUGAUUAGAUUGCGCUUCUAAUUUUUUUUGUAUUCCUUUACAAAAAUUAAUUAGUUCAGUCCCUCUCUUAUCGAUUUGGGGAUUCUAGGGUUUCUUGUUCGAUUUUGAUUUUAUGGAUGUGUGGAUGGUGUAAGUGUGAGAAAGGUUCGUGAUGUUAAAGAGGCACUGCUCCAAGGCCAUUCUCCACAGAAUCAUCCCACGAUCCCUAAUGUCUGCUUCUUCCGAUCCAUUUCUUCUCCGAUCAAUCGGGAACCGAUUGGGUGGAGAUUUCGUUCACAGGCUCGAUCCCGUUAGAUUUUACAACGACAGAACUGGCUUGUUCAAGGUUUACAAAGGCGGAAAGCACAAUGGGUUAGCCUCAAGAAGCUGUUUUGAUUCUUCUCACAAGAAGGCUGAUCAAAAGGCUCGAGCUUUACAUCUGUUGCAUCGCCGGCGGCUUCUACAUGGAUUGGAAUCUGAACGCGGCGGAACCACCGACAUAGCGAAUGGCCGUGGUCUGCCUAGUAACACGACGAGGCUUCAAGGGAAUGAUAAGAUUGUUGUGGCUGUUGACGUAGAUGAGGUUCUUGGAAACUUUGUCUCGGCCCUAAACAGGUUCAUUGCGGAUCGCUAUUUGUCAAACCAUACAGUCUCAGAAUACCAUGUCUACGAGUUCUUCAAGAUAUGGAACUGCUCUCGGAAUGAAGCUGACAUACGUGUUCAUGAAUUCUUUAAGACAUCAUAUUUCAAGAAAGGGAUCCAUCCUCUUCCAGGCGCCCAUAAGACUCUUCACAAGCUCUCAAGAUAUUGCGAGCUUUCAGUUGUGACGUCCCGGCAGAAUGCGAUAAAGGAUCACACACUUGAGUGGCUCGACAUGCAUUUUCCAGGACUGUUUAAACAGAUUCAUUUCGGAAACCAUUUUGCUCUUCAUGGAGAGUCUAAACCCAAGUCUGAAAUCUGCAGAUCAUUUGGAGCAGAGGUGUUGAUUGACGACAACCCGAGAUAUGCAGAGGAAUGCGCUAACAUAGGAAUGAAGGUUCUCCUCUUUGACUAUGAAAACUCAUACCCUUGGUCUAAAACUGAGUCUGUGGAUAGACAUCCUUUGGUUACUAGAGUUCAUAACUGGGAAGAAGUGGAGCAGCAUAUUCUCUCAUUGGUAGUAUCAAAGUGUUGAAACAUUUUUGCAUUUUGCCAGUGCUAAACUAUAGUAUUGAUGCUUUCAAGUGACAUUAUUAUUGUACAAACAUGAAAGAAGCAAAACAAGAUGGAAUUAGGUAAAACUGUAAUCUUUUAGCACUAAAUUAAAUGUUUUAUUUUCUAAAUUUAAUGUUUAAUCAUGUUAUUCAACUUUU